GUUCUAAAUCCAUUUCAGCACACAUUAGAUAAAAUAAAUGAAUUAAUAUAUACAUACACACAUAUACACACAUAUAUUGUAAUGACAUAGAGACUAUAUCUUCGACUGUAACACCCUCGUACAACACAAGUGGUCUCUUUGUAAUUGUCUUGCGUAAAAACGUAUAAUCGCUCUUUCCCAUCCGCACAGGGACAAAUGUAUAGCUAAUUGACCUAGACACAUUUUGUCAAGGUGAGCGUCUGCUCAAUUUAAAAAACAAUAAUCUACUGUACUUCUUUGCAAUGUGUUAUUUGGGACUGAAAUAGCCGUGCACUAAUGCAAUAACUCAGGCACCUCCAUGAACAACUUGAAUGACCCCCCUAGAUGGAACAUGGGGCCAGACCCACGAGAAGGUGCUGCUGCUGACGGGAACAAAUGGAAUUAUGCCCUCCUCGUGCCAAUGCUGGGGCUGGCUGCCUUUCGCUGGAUCUGGACCAGAGAGUCUCAGACAGAGAUCAUAAAGGUCAAGGCCCGGUACGACCAGGACAUGUCUGCCGUGACCUCCAACCUUGAGAUGAAGUACAGAGACACCCUGACGGAGAACCGGCGGGCAGCGGCCAUCUUAGAGCUGGAGCUGGAGAAGGAGAGGCAGAGGGUCCAGGGGUACCGCCAGGCCCUCAUCUCACAGAGCCAGCAGGUCAUGGAGGAACGCAAACAGCUACAGGUGGAACGAGAGGCUCUGGAGCAAAAGAAGAUUAAGCUUUUAGAAUCCGGCGCCGCUGGGGCCGUCCUCCAACACGCUCUGGCCAGAGAGAGCGACUGGCACCAGAGGGCCUCAGCCAUGCUGAAGGAUCUGGAGGAGGACCUUGUGGAGAGACAGGGGGCCUACUGCAACCUGCUCCUCCCCAGGGAACAUAGGCUGGAGAUGGAGAAGAACCUGCUCCUCAAGGUGGUGAGGGAACCGUUGGGAACGGAUACAGAUCUGGAGGGAGACCUGAAGGAUAUCUUUAAGAACGACCGCUACUGUGCCAAAGGCAACAAUCGCCUCCUCAACGUGAAGAAAAUGGACAAGAGGAAGAAUGGUAGCUUGAUGUGGCUCUACCUCAGAUAUUGGCAGCUGCAGGUUACCAUGGAGACGCAUAAACGGGCAGAGGACUCAAUACUGGGGGUUACACCAGAUAAGAACGACCUCAAGUGACCUUGAUAGAGUUGACCUUGAUAGAGUUGACCUUGAUAGGGUUGACCUUGAUAGGGUUGACCUUGAGUAUAUAGUAACAGUCUUCUUGACUGCACAAAUGUUUUCUUUUUUCACUAAAUGGUGAAUUAGUUUGUAUAUUUCAUUUCCUCUACAUCAUUUUAUGACUCCUGACAAAUGUAAACACUUCCUUUGUUACUAGUGAAACACAGUAAAUGCCAAUGGAAUUGUCAUUGAAUGUCAGGGAUAUUUUCACAACUAUAGUUUUGUCUUUGCACUCCAAACCCAAUGUUGGAUGAUAUGAUACAGUAUCAGGAAUUCUAGAGGAAUAUUUCCUUUUGAUAAAAUCAUGUAUAUCCACAUUGGACAUCACAGCUGUUUGGUCAGUCAUGUAGAAAAGAAUAGUGAUAUACUUUAUUUUGACAGAAUAUACAAAGUUAUAACAGAC